AUGAUAGCAUUAGCCUAUAUUCAAGAGCAAAGAGCAUUAUAUCGCUGCUACAUCAACUAUAUAUCAAACAAAAGAGUUCAUGAAUACUUCAAGCGAACACCUAAUAAUUCCACCCUAUUGUCUCGCUUACGUGUAAGCAAGGAAUGGGUAGAUUUAUUCCUCUCUCAUGACAACAAAGAGGUUGACUUUAAUACAACGUCAAUGAGAGGAUUAGCAAAUAAUAUUGAAGAAAGUUCUUUGAAUCUUACGAUAAAAUCGGUUGCAGAGUCACGUUGA